AAAACUACUUCCAGGAGGUUCUCUUUAGCUGCGCGGAAGGUGGAGGGGACCGCUUCCGCCCUGUAUGAAGUUUCUUUUGUCCUCUUGCUCUUCGGUCAACAACAACACAAAACAAACGAGGCAGUGUGUCGACGAAGAGCACAGCUCGCGAGCGCGUUGAACUACGAAAAACAAAAUGUUACGAUGGCAGCAAAGUUCACCAUCUCAGACGAUUCGGAGUCAUCCGAGGAGGUAGAGGGAGGAAAACUUGACCUGGGAGCGGCAGCAGGAGGAGAAGGGGAGCACCUUCAUGAUCGACAUUCCCUCACCCUGCCAGAGCUUCGACUCACAAGUAACGGGCGUACCAGGCUGAAUUCAGAGUCCACCGCUUCCACGUACUCCAGAGAUGAGGACCUCGCGCGGGAAGACGAGGCCGGAACCCCCACUGAUGGGUUGGCCUUCAGGGGCAGAUCCAAGUCGGCCCCUCCGGCUCUGUGGGCCGCCAAAAAGUACGGUCAGCAGCUCCGACGGAUGAGCGACGAGUUUGACAGCCUGCUGGAUAAAGGGGAGAUGAGGAAGGUGAGGAGCACUGGGGCGGCCAAACAGAUGCUCCACUCCACGAGCUGGUGGAACUACCUCUUCAGCCACCCGGAGGCGGAAGGAGAGUACAGCCACCACGAGAGCCACCGCACUGAGUAAGGAUGGAGAGGAAGACUGUUGUGAUGAAGGACUCGGAGGAGGACAGAAACCACGGGGGCAUCUACACAAGAGGAGGGGUCGACCCACUCAAAUACGAGAGGAAUGGGAACACUAAGACCGGGCUGAACGGGUCUCCAUCUUUGAACUCGCUCAUUUCUUUUAAAACAUUUUUGUCUUUCUUUGUAUUUGACUGUGAUGUUUUUUAAAAAAAAAAAAAGCCCACUUGACUGAGAAUUUAGACAUUUGACACAUCAGCGUAUACAAUGAAAUUAUCAUCAAAUAUAAGCAAUCUACUGCAGGCGGAGAAAAAAAAGGCGCCGACAUCCGGCCGUCAGAGGAGAUAGAAGUGAAAACUCCUCCUCCUGCGGAUGAACGGGGGCGUCUUUUAUCUCCGUAUGGCGAAGACGGAAAGGGUCAAAGUGCUCGAUUUGGGCUCGUCCGAACAAUCUCGCAGUGGGACAAUCUUCAGCGAUGCACAAGUGCUUUCUGGGUAAAUCUUCAGGGUUACAUCGACGCAUCAAACCUGCGAUCAAAGGCACAAAUCCGAGAACAUCGAGUGUAAAUACUUUGUGAAUAUUUUUAUGAAAGGACAGGAAGGGCCUGGAGGGGCUUUAAAUAGAUUAUCAGAGGUUCGGUGGGCGUGGCUAACCCUGCAAUAGGCUGUGUACAAUCCACGGCUGUUGUGAUGAGUGAGGAAGGACGACUAUACUGCUGUUAACUCUCCGGUCCAGAGGAAGGGCUUAUUUAAGAGGAGCAAACUACUUUUGGUCCAUAAAGGACAGGGUUUCAAUGCCCAGAUCUCUGCUUUAGGAUGUGAAGGUUAUCUUUUAGUCCGUAAACAAACAAAAAGGCUAGUUUUUAUCCAAUCGCUGCAGCUGGAUUUGACGUUUGUGUGUUUUUCUGAGGAAACCGAGAUCUUUAAACCUUUUAAAAACGGUUUCUCGUUUAUUCUGCUCGCCGUCUUCCUCAAAGUCGGGAAGGUCGCAGACAUCUUUGCCAACGUUCCAUCACUCGGGUUAGCUCUUUGUAGAGCUUUUUUCUUUUUUCCCCUAAAUAAACUCCAGACAAUCUAAAACGGUGCUGCAUUUUUCUAAAAAUGUUCCCAGCUGUUGUGAUGUGUUCAAUGCCACUACGUUUUUUCUACGUUUAUUCUCUGUUUUACGAAUAUUUCCUAAUCACCUCCUUAAAAGGAAAAUAUUUGUACACAUGAGCUGGUAGAGAUUAUUCGUGGCUCUCGGGUGAAGCGUUUAUUCUCGGGAGGUGAAAUGUCGCGUCAGAUGAAGCGCCUUUUUGAACUUCACAGCCUUAAAUCUUUAUAGGGACACUGAAGCGGGAAAGCACAAACUCUCAGAGGUGCGUUCACUGCCACAACGGCGAGGGAAACACUUUUGAUCGGCUCUCUAGCGGGCGGCGAAGCCCGAACCUGCGCUGGCGGGCGCCUGGAGUUUCCGAAACCAUCCUUAGUAUUACUUGAAUUUUUGAGUGUGUCUAAGAAGGGAAGAAAUGCAAUUUUAAUACAUUAAGUGGUUUGUUUUUUGGAAUAAUUUUUGUUUUUUUUUUAUGUAUUUUCUCUACAGCUGUCCAGCCUCUGCUGUCUUUAAUAAAUGAUUUUAACAGUG